CGCAAUAGUACGCCAGCACAAUAGUUUGCAAUACCAUAAUGAUUGGCCAGUGCUCCACGUAGGAGGUCGAUAUUAAAAAACAGAGAGAUGUAAAAGUUCCCAUGAAUUCAGUAACGAAUUGACAAUUGACUUUAGUAUUGAAUUGAUUAAACGAAUGAAUUCAGUUGGACGUUACGUAAGUGUCGUCAUUCCUCAUUAAGUCAUUAGGUCAUUAUAAACUUGUACGCUGGACCGUAGCUAUCCCUAUCCAUUGCAGAAACGGAACUCUUGGAUGCGGAGGUCGUUUUUGGUUAGUCCCGUAUCAGCUUUCAGCUAAUUAAAAAUAUUAACGUUUCAUUAAAUUACAGUUGCUAAUUUCCUGAUGGGAGGACGGAUAUCGCAAUUUGUGGUUUUGAGCAUAUCUGUAAUCUCGAGUCACCUUAAUGACAGAAUCGCAAGGGCGGAUAUCUUAAUCAGGUUUCGUACACAAAAUUCAUGAUAAUACCCAUCUACGCAAUCAAUUAAAUAAUUACAAACAUAUCUAGUAUGUUAGAAAAGCAAAUAAUUUGUUACCUAUCCUAUAGUAUCAUAUAGUAAAGUUUUUUCUGUUCAAGAAGGUGAGCUACGUAAGCGAUGAAACACAGCAAGAUCACUGGGAUAAGGGUUCCUUCUACGGGGUCGCUUGGAUCUAACGCUAUCAUCUCCUAGGAAAUCUGAGCAGUCACGGCUCAGCCCAUCAUUGCCCAUCAUUGUCGCCGGUCUUUGUGGGAACACAAGGAUGGCGUUAAACCUUGAUUAAAAAUUGCGAUUUAUGGAAUUGCGGAAAAUCCUUUUAGGAGUAUAUUGCACAUUCAUAGCUUUAUCAUCGGGUAACAAAUGAACCGGUAUCUUAUAAUCUAACAUGGAAAUUGAUGGAGUUGGAAGGUUUCUUGAACAAAAUGGAAGCGGACGGGGACGCUUGACAUGUCGUGGGGUAGAAUUUCGCACGUGUCGGCCAGGAAGUUGCAGAGUUCUAAGGCUAGGUAACCGGAUGAGAAGAUUGUGGUCAGGCAUUAUCGUCGUCACAAAGCUUAAAAGUCAUAGACGAGCUCCUCUGUUCACCUCAGUACGUUUCUGGUCCUCGAAGAAUUCGCUUCUCAAAAACGUUCACAGAAAUGUUACUACUACACUCGAUAAUCUUCCUCGGGGCGCUACUCCUGUCUUCGAGAGCAAGCUCCAAUCCGUAUAUCAUUGUGGCACAGCCAGAACAAGAGGAAUCUAAUGACGUCCAGUGGAUUUCUGAAAAUUUUGGAGUAGAAGAUCUUCCAGGAGAAACUGCUGAUACAAAAGUUUGUCAAAGCGAAGAAUGUCGCCGUACUGCCCAGGAAUUCCUGAGGAAUCUCAAUAAGUCCGUUGAUCCUUGCGAGGAUUUUUACGAAUAUGCAUGCGGCGGGUGGAGUCAACGUAAUCAUAUGCCGGCUAAGGAAAGGAUCUGGAAUCAAUUGACAAAAAUCGAGAGAUGGAAUAAGAAGCGUAUACGAGGAAUCCUAGAAGAACCAGAAGAGGACAGUGACCUUACAGCUGUAAAGGCCGCCAAACGAUUUCACCAAUCGUGCAUGGACUUAGACGCCAUUGAAAAACUUGGAAUAAAACCGCUGGAACAGAUUCUGGAAGCAAACGGCGGAUGGCCAAUGAUUAUGGAAAAAUCGGAAUGGAAUAGCAGAAACGUAUCCUGGAAGAAGAUUCAUGAAAAUUAUCAUCUAUUAAGCAGAAACGCAAGUUUGUUCACUGUGUGGGUAGACGCAGAUUUACAUCGAAAUGUUAAUGUCAUAAAGCUGAAGCAACGCACUCCAAUGUUCCCACUCGAUAUGCAAUUUGCUCUUGAAGAAGGUCGAAACGCAAGAUCUUACUAUGCUAAAUAUGUGGAGGAUGUUGCAUUGACUUUUGCUAAGUCCAGAAAUUCGAAUGUGAGUCGGAAACGAAUAUCCAAGGACAUUGCAGAUAUGAUUGACUUUGAGGGAUAUUUGUAUGAGCUCAGCUUUUACAUGCCAAAUGAUUAUUCUUUUAUAAGUUCUACGGACUCACUGCACGAAAUGUACAACGAAGAAUUAACCAGAAGUGGAAAGGCAGAGAUAAACUGGUUGAAAACUUUUCAAAAUUUGUUUGGAGAUGUCGGCAUUCGCGUAAGAAAAACAGAUACGAUUCUGCUUUCAAACCCUGUUUUCAUUAGGAGACUUGCUCAUAUCCUUGAAGAAACUUCUAAAAGAACGAUCGUCAACUAUCUUCAUUGGAAAUUUGUGAGCGCGAUGAUGCCCUACACAAAUAAGAAAAUGAGGAACAUGAACUAUUCACUGAAUAAGUUUAUUUCCGGUGUCACGGAACAAAAACCACGAUGGGAGGAGUGUAUUUCAGAAAACCCAGUGAAAGAUGCUCUGUCGUAUCAGAUUGUACAUAAAUAUUUACUGAAAAAAUCAAAAGAGAAGGUUCUGGAUAUGGUUAAAGAGAUUCAAGAUCAAGCCGAAAUUAAAAUUUCGAACACCAAUUGGCGGGAUAAAUCUGAGGCUAAGAAGGGACUUUGGAAUACAGCGAAAUUCAUUGGUUUUUCUGAUUGGUUCAAUAAUGCUUCAGCAAGUAUUGAGUUUUACAAGGACCUGAGAGUGGGACCGUCAUACUUUGAUAAUAUAUUAAACUACAACAAAUUUACAUUGAGAAAAAAUUUGAAAAAGCUGCGACAACCGAUAGACAACACAUGGCUGGUAGAUCCUUUUACAGUGAACAUAUAUCGUGACUUUAUUAAAAAUUCUUUAAUAUUCCCAGCGGCGGUCCACCAACUUCCACUAUUCGGUGCAUCUCGGCCCAACGCUGUUAAUUAUGGAGCAAUUGGAACUAUAAUUGGCCAUGAAUUACUUGAACCCUUCAUAGACUACGGAAAUACGAUCCUCGAACACGUGUGCUAUCUGGCAAAUUUGAUCAACUACGAGAAAAAAGUGUUCGAAACGUUAAACGUUACUGAUUAUGAGGAAUCUUACAUAAUUCAUUAUGGAACUAUCAUUGACAACGCAGGACUUCAGACUGCUUAUGAGGCUUAUCAGAGGAAGUUAGCAGCCGAAAGAAUAACAGAGGACAAACUUCCAGGACUAGAGAAUUUCAGUAGUGGACAAAUCUUUUUCUUGUCUUUCGCCAACAAUUGGUGCGAAUCCUUGAAACGGGAAAAGCCUUUCGAUAAUGACCUAACAAGUCAAAAAAUAAGUGUAGGACGACUGAGGGUGAUUGGAUCUGUGUCGAAUACACCAGAAUUUAGCGAGGCAUUUCAAUGUCCUAAAGGAAGACCAAUGAAUCCUGAAUAUAAGUGUACUUUUUGGAAACGUAAAGUCUUUCCAAUUUCAGAAGAAGAACUUCGUAAGGGAUGGUACAGAGCAAGAUCACUGCGACAAGAGUUGCUCCAUCAAGCCCAUCAUUCUCCCAGGUCUUUGUGGGAACACAGGGAUGGUGUUGAAUCUUUAUUAAAAAUUACGGCAGAACAUUGUGGUCAGGCUUUAUCGUCGUCACAAAGCUUAAAAGUCAUAGACGAGCUCCUCUGUUCACCUCAGUACGUUUCUGGUCCUCGAAGAAUUCGCUUCUCAAAAACGUUCACAGAAAUGUUACUACUACACUCGAUAAUCGUCCUCGGGGCGCUGCUCGUGUCUUCGAGAGCAAGGUCGAAUCCGUAUAUCAUUGUGGCACAGCCAGAACAAGAGGAAUCUAAUGACAUCCCGGGGCUCUCUGAAGAAGUUAGAACAGAAGAUUUGGUAAAAACGAAUGAUGCAAAAGUUUGUCAAACCGAAGAAUGUCGCCUUAUUGGCCAGGAAUUCCUGAGGAAUCUCAAUAAGUCCGUUGAUCCUUGCGAAGAUUUUUACGAAUAUGCUUGCGGCGGAUGGCGUGCAAAUAAUCCCAUACCAGUCACUGAAUCCAGUUGGAAUCGAUUCAGUGUAACUGCGAAGUCGAAUGACAAGCGUAUUCGAGCAAUCCUGGAAGAACCAGAAGAGGACACUGACAUUGCACCUGUAAAGGCCGCCAAACAAUUUUACCGAUCGUGCAUGAAUUUGGAGGCCCUUGAGGAAAUGGGACUGAAACCGUUGGAAAUCAUUCUGGAAGAAAACGGAGGCUGGCCAAUGACUAGGGGAUCAUCGGAAUCGAAGAGCAGUGAAAUAUCCUGGCAGCAGAUUCAUGACAAUUAUUCUCGAAUAAGAGGACAAGCAAUUUUAUACAGUUUUAGAACGCGGAAGAUUUCGAACAAUGUUUAUAGGUUUGUGCUGUCGCCGGCGAAUUUUAUCUUACCACGAUCAAUGCUGGUUCGUCACAAACAAUAUAAAACGCAAACAUUGGCCUACGCUAAAUACGUGGGGGAAGUUGCACUGGCAUUUGCCAAGUCCCGAAAUUCGCAUGUGAGGUUGAAAGAAAUAUACAAGGACGUUGCGGACUUGAUUAAUUUUGAAAUAAAAUUGGCUGAGAUGAAAUUCCCGAAAAACAUGCGUCUUAUUCCUAUUUCUAGGCUAAAAACAAUUUACUAUAGUAAACGACGCACCAGUGCAAAUAAGGAGGUAACAAAGUCACUAAGUAAUUCAAUUAUUCGUUGUUCUCAUAUGCUAUCAAUUUAUUUGCAGAUAGACUGGGUAAAAAGUAUAAAAAUUUUGUUUAAUGAGGCCAACAUUCAAGUGAGAGACACAGACAUGGUUCUGUGUCCUGACAAACAAUAUUUUUCGAAGAUUAUUGGGGUCCUUCAAAAAACUCCAGAAAGGACAAUCGUUAAUUAUCUUCAUUGGAGAUUCGUAAAUGUUAUGCUUCACUUUACAAAUGAGAAAAUGCGGAAUUUACUCUUUGAGUUCCGCAGGACUUUAUUUGGUACCGAAAAACAGCAACCAAGGUGGCAGCAGUGUGUUUCAGAAAACCUGUUGAAGGAUGCCGUGUCUUAUAAGUUUGGACAAAAAUAUUUUUCGAAAGAGUCGAAAAAGAAGGUUUUUGAAAUGGUUAAAGAGAUUAAAGAAAAAAUUGAAAUUGAAAUUUCCCUUGCCAAUUUCAUAAAUAAUGAUACUAAAUCCGAGGCUAUAAGGAAACUUAGGGAUAUAACGCUAUUGAUUGGUGUUCCUGAUUGGUACACUAAUGUUUCAGCAAUUGUGGAUUUUUACAAGAGCCUGGAAGUGGGACUAUCCUACUUUCAUAACGUGUUAAACUACAACAAUUUUUUAAUGAAAAAAAAUUUGAGCAAGAUGCGACAACAGGUGGACUACACCGAAUGGUUUGUUGACCCCACUACAGUGAAUGCAGCUUAUAAUCCCUUGGACAAUUCUAUCAUACUUCCAGCGGCGAUCCUUCAACCUCUAUUUUUCAGUACAUCUCAGCCUAACCCUGUCAAUUAUGGAGGAAUCGGAACCUUGAUUGGCCAUGAGAUAUCGCACGCUUACAAUAAAUUCGAACGUGAACAUAACAGGAACAAGUGCUUUGUGGAUCAAUUCAACAAAUACCGUAUAAAAGAGCUCGAAAAAUUUAACGAUACAAAUUUUCAAAUCGGUGAAAUAACUCAAGAUGAAAAUAUUCCUGACAGCGCAGGACUUCAGGCUGCUUAUGAAGCUCAUCAAUCGAAAUUAGCAGCUGAAGGAAUAAUAGAGAACAAAGUUCCAGGACUGGAGGAUUUCAGUAGUCAACAAAUCUUCUUCUUGUCUUUCGCCAACAAUUGGUGUGAAUCCGUAAGGCCGAAACGGCUUUCCUAUGAUAUACUAACUCGUCAACACACUAUAGGCCGACUCAGGGUGAUUGGAUCUGUGUCGAAUACACCAGGAUUUAGCAAAGCAUUCCAAUGUCCUGCAGGAAGCCCAAUGAAUCCUGAGGUUAAGUGUACUCUUUGGGAUUUAUAAAAACAAUGUAAACGAGAACUAGCUUUGAUUCAUGUCUGAUUUCCCAGUUGAUGCAAGGAAAACUAUCUUUUCAUACUACUUACAAGUUCUUGUACCCAACACGUAUUAUUACUAACGGACUAUUGCACUUAA